UGAAUUCCUUGAGUUUUGGCAAAAAAACAAACUUCAUUUUCGGCAUUGCAUUUUGCCUCUCUCUCUCUCUCUCUCUCUCUGCCCCCGUUAAUGGCGUCUGAAAAUCCUGAUAUUCGUCUGCUUUCUCUUUGGCUUUGAAGGGGCGGAAGGUGAAUACAUAAGCGUUCUUGUCGGCGCUGAAAGUCUCAGAGCUCCGUGGCCCUGAAGGUUCUCUAUGGAAUCAUGGGAAUGUAUACAGAUUGUAUCGAAAAAUUGUAAUUUUGUGGUCAGCAGGAGAACUCCUUUGCAGGGAUCGCGGGUUAUUAGGAAUUGAUCAGUUUCAUUUGUGGAUACAUAAUUCAUUCAAGAAGUUUUGGGUGCUAACUUUUAUUCAUUUUACAUAAUUGAUUAUUGGGGGAGGACGUUUAUCCUCCCCACCAAUGGCAGAAGGCAGCCUAAAGAUUGGCGGGCUUUCUUCGGGUUUGGCUGUGAUAUUAGCCUCUGGAGAUCGGAAAGAUAAUCCUCAGAAAAGCCAUCUUAUUUCUUAUUACGAUGACAUUGGACACCAGUCUGUGGAGCGGGCUCUUGAACAUAUAUUUGAUCUCCCUUACAAGUCAAUUUCUUCAUUGAGCGGUCCAGUUGACACUGAUUUUAUUCGCUGUACUUUGAAGAGUGACAUUUUCAAACAUAGGGUUAAUCGGGAUGUCAUCCUUAGUAACAGAGACGGAGUAUCUAUUGCGGACAGUGGUUGUGGACCCAAUACUGUUGCAGUGGAUGAAACUAGCAUCUGUGGUGAUAUUCGGAUUUUCAAGCAACAUUUUCUGGUAGAGAGCCUAGCUAUGUUCAGUAGUGCUAGGGCCAAUGCAUGUGUUUGGAAAGGAAAAUGGAUGUAUGAAGUGAUUCUAGAAACGUCAGGGAUACAGCAGCUUGGAUGGGCCACAAUUUCAUGUCCCUUCACUGAGAAUAAAGGUGUAGGGGAUGCAGAAGAUUCAUAUGCUUUUGAUGGACACAGGGUGAAGAAGUGGAAUAAGGAUCCUGAACCAUAUGGUCAAUCAUGGGUUGUUGGUGAUGUAAUUGGCUGCUGCAUAGAUUUGGAUCAUAAUCAGAUCUCAUUUUAUAGGAAUGGUGUCUCACUUGGGGUGGCAUUCUAUGGGGUUAGCAAGAUGGGACCUGGACUUGGCUAUUAUCCUGCAAUUUCUCUUUCUCGAGGUGAGCGUUGUAAUUUGAAUUUUGGGGCCCUUCCCUUUAGAUACCCAAUCAAAGGGUUUCAACCACUUCAAAAUUCUCCCAGUGUAAACCCCCUUGCCACACACUUACUACGUUGUUUGUCAAGGCUAUUGGAACUUAAAUUCAUGGAAAAUACAGACUCCACUUCUGUUGAGAAACUAAGAAGAUUGAAGAGGUUUGUGCCACUUGAAGAACUUUACCACCCAAUUGCACGUGGGAUCUGCGAGGAGUUCUUCUCUGCAGUUGAUCAAGAAUUGGGGAGUGUGGAAUAUGUUAGCUGGGGACCUCUUGUGUCAUUCUUACUGGAAACAUUUGGAAAACAGGCACCUCACAACUAUACAAACUUGGAUGGAGUUGUUGACCUUUUUCUAGAAUUUGGAGGAUCUCGUUUGAUGUUCCUAUAUGUUAUCAAUUCCCUUUCGUGUAGUUGUAAAACAGCUCCAUUGGUUCUAAUGGAGUGUCCAUAUUCAGGCUCAUACUCUUAUCUUGCAUUAGCAUGUCAUAUGCUAAGGCGGGAAGAACUAAUGACACUUUGGUGGAAUUCAUCUGAUUUUGAGUUCUUGUUGGAAGGUUUUCUAUCAAGGAAGGGUCUGAACAAGCAAGAUUUGCAAUGCUUGAUUCCGUAUGUUUGGUGGCCUGGCUCAUGUGAGGAUGUGUCCUAUGAAAGUAGUAUGAUGCUGAUAACUACAGCUUUAUCUGGAGCAAUCAAUAAGAUUGAGGAGAUGCAUCGGGAGCUUUGCCACCUGGUCAUACAGUUCAUACCUCCUACAACACCUUUUCAGUUACCUGGGUCAGUGUUCAGGACAUUUUUGCAGAAUUUAUUGUUGAAGAACAGGGCCGCUGAUCACAAUCUUCUGCCUCCUGGUGUUUCAAGCAAUUCUGUUCUUGUUUCUAUCUACACAGUGAUCCUCCAUUUUCUAUCUGAGGGGUUUGCUGAGGGAGGCAUCUCUGGAUGGAUGAAGGGCUCUGAGGCAAAAGUUGGAGAUGAUGUAGGGUUUCUUCAUAGAGGUGGACAACAAUUUUUUCCUGUAGGUUUGUUUGUGAAGAAUGAUCCUCAUCGUGCUGACAUUUCUAGGCUUGGAGGAUCAUUCAAUCAUCUAUUGAGAUCUCACCCUGUAAAUGAUGAGGAAGCAGAGGAAAUCCAGUGGGAGGAAGGCUGUGUGGAUGAUGAAGAAACAAGAGUAACACACUCUACUACUCAGAAGCCAUGUUGUUGUUCAAGCUGUGAUGUUGAUUUUACAAGAGUCAUGAAGGAUCCAAUUAGGUAUACAGCCAAAUGUUUCCGGGGCCAUUGCAGCCCGAUUCCAGAGAGAUCUGCUCAUGUUGCUGCAGAGUGCAGUGCAGGAAGUUUGACUGAUGAAAUAGUGGAUAAACCCAGUUCAAGUGAUCAACCAGAAUCUGAAUUUGGUUAUCAAACAGUGCAGCAUUUGAGAAUUGUACCAAGGAUGAGCAAUCCACCUUCAGCAAUUCUUAGAGAAGUGGAACUUUUAGAUGCUAUGCUAUUAUUGUAUCAUUUAGGCCUUACUCCUAACUUUAAGCAGGCAUCAUAUUUUAUGUCUCACCAGUCACAAUUAAUUUCUCUCUUGGAGGAAACUGACAAACAAAUGAAGGAAAGAGUUUGCAGUGAGCAACUGAAGCGUCUGAAGGAAGCUCGAAAUAUUUACCGAGAAGAAUUAAUUGAUUGUGCCAGACAAUGUGCAUGGUACCGGAUCUCUCUGUUUUCUCGUUGGAAGCUAAGAGGAAUGUAUGCAACAUGCAUGUGGGUUGUUCAAUUGCUCUUGGUUCUUAGCAAAGUGGAUUCAAUAUUCAUUUAUGUCCCAGAGUUUUAUCUAGAAGCACUGGUUGACUGCUUCCAUGCCUUGCGGAGGAGUGAUCCUCCGUUUGUUCCUUCUUCAAUUUUUAUUAAGCAAGGACUCUCAUCAUUUGUCACUUUUAUUGUUACUCACUUCAAUGACCCACGGAUAUCCAGUGCUGAUUUGAGAGAUCUUCUUUUGCAAUCUAUAUCAGUCUUGGUACAGUACAGAGAAUAUUUGGUUGCUUUUGAGAACAAUAAUGCAGCCAUUCAGAAAAUGCCAAGAGCAUUGCUCUCAGCUUUUGGCAACAGAUCAUGGAUUCCAGUAACAAACAUACUUCUGCGACUGUGCAAAGGUUCUGGAUUUGGUUCUUCAAAGCAUGGGGAGUCAUCAUCAUCAAUGCUUUUCCAGGGCUUAUUGCGGGAGGCAUGCAUACAUGAUGAUGCAUUAUUCUCAGCAUUUCUAAACCGAUUAUUCAAUACUCUCAGCUGGACAAUGACUGAGUUCUCUGUUUCUGUUCGAGAGAUGCAAGAAAAAUACCAGGUCUUGGAAUUGCAACAACAGAGAAAGUGUAGCGUCAUAUUUGAUCUCUCAUGCAAUCUUGCAAGGGUAUUGGAGUUCUGUACCCGUGAGAUCCCUCAAGCCUUCUUGUCAGGGUCUGAUAUGAACCUACGGCGGUUAACGGAGUUGAUCAUCUUUAUUCUGAAUCAUGUGACUUCAGCUGCAGAUGCUGAAUUUUUCGACCACAGGUCACUUAGGCGACAGAGCCAGUCUCAAGAGAAGAUAAAUCGAGGGAUGGUCUUAGCACCACUAGUUGGAAUUAUAUUGAACUUGUUGGAUGCUAGUAUUCAUUCAGAGGACAGGGUGAAGAAUGAUGUUGUGGGAGUGUUUGCAAGCAUGGAUUGUCCUGCUACUGUUCACUGUGGAUUCCAAUACCUGUUGGAGUACAACUGGGUUGGAUCCUUAAGAGUGGACCCUUCUUUUACAAGACUGAGGCAGCUUGAGGAAUUCCUGAGCCUCCUUGGGAGCAGGACGAAGUCAAGGGAAGAGCAGAGUUUGGGAUCCAGUGCUGAUGCUGAAGAGGAUGAUGAUAGACUGUGCUGCAUUUGUUAUGCAUCUGAGGCAGAUGCUCAGUUUGAGCCUUGUUCGCACAGAUCAUGCUUUGGGUGCAUAACCAGGCACCUUCUGAAUUGCCAAAGGUGUUUCUUUUGCAACGGCACAGUCCUGGAGGUGCUCAGGGUUGACAGGAAGAGAGAGACCGUGUAGGGGGUAUUGUUCAGCUUUUUGGUACCUCUUACAGUCUUACCUGGCUUGUGCUACAGUGGGAUCCUUGUUAUUCAUCAACCAACUGACAGAAGCCUUAACCAGAAGUUGGCGGGGAAAACCUCGGCCAGAAGUUGGUGGGAACGUCUUUGAUUUUUGAAUGGAAGUGGCCCACAUGCAUAUUAACAGUGCUAGGGUGGUCUCAUGUCUCAUUUCUAGAUGCCGAAAUUGAUAUAUUAUAUCCUUGUGCAUAUAUAUGAGUGAAAAUUUACCAAUGAUCAGUGUUACUGUUAGGGAAGUUUGGCGAUAUGGGGUUAAUCAAGAAUUUUGUAGAAUUGAGGGCAUUAUUCUGUAAAUAUGAGAUGUAAAUGGAAGGAAAUCUUUUGGGUUCAUCUCUCUCUCACUGAGGUGCCGUGGCAUAUUUUCUUCACGGAAUGAGCUUGUAAAUUGAUAACGUGUGCUAUUCUGGGCUUUUUCCUU